AUGGCCAAGAAAAAUGAUCCAUACCAGUCAAAGGAAAUUGCAGUCAUCACUCUCACGAGGAUAUAUACGCUCCUGCAUGAGUAUCAAGCCUUGGUCAGGGAGAUAGCAACUCCCACUCUCCGCGACUUUGUCACUGCGUGUUUGCAGAUUCUCAAGUCUCCCGCGUUUUCCAAAGCCGGGCAACCGCCAGUACGACUUGUGGAGACCAUAGCCAACGCUCUGUCUGCCAUUACUCCUCUUUAUCCAACGACUCUGCGCCCUUUUGGCGCCCAGGUCAAGGCGGCUUUCAGGGUGUACUUGGCUCCUACUGCAUCAGACAAGCUGGCUGUCCCUCGAGCCCUGCGAACUGCGUCCCGACAACUUCUGGUUGUACAACACUACACCACUCCCAAGAAUGGGAACGCAGAUGAGUGGAUCAAGACCAUCGCAGGUUUCCUCAACGGCAGUCACGCCACCGCGGACCAGGUAUUUCGUGCUGUCCAGGAGUCGUGGGAGUCGAACAGUGGCUACACCCGAAAGGCAGUCGACUACGAUGAGGAUCCGCAAGGUGGUAGUGAUUCCGCUGAUGAGCUUCCUCCAUGGACGGGUGUGUCUAGCGGAGCGGAGCGGCUUGCAGGGCUCUUGGAGACCAUUGCCGAGUCGCUGAGAUGUCCUACCAAAACACCAGUGGCAAUCCCCGUCUCCUCGUUCCUCGAUUUAACCGCGCGGAUUUCCAUGGUGCUGCCACCUAAGAAAGGGUCAAGGGGGCAUGACGACACGCAGCUCAACUCCGCUAUUGGUAGAGAAGAAAAGGAUGAGCUAUGGAGUGCCCUUCCAGAUGUCCACGUUGCCACCAUGGACCUCUUGACAGCUCUGAUACGGAGACUGGAAGAUGGUACCGUUCCCAUUGCAGCGGACGUCCUCCUUCAGGCUGUGCGAAUCAUCGAAGCGAACCAGCACAUCCCCCUAGUGCGAGAGCGAGGCUAUGUCCUCCUUAGAGAGCUGCUUCUCGUCCACGGACCCACCAUGCCCAAGUUCAGCGUCAACUCUCUUGAUCGCGUCGUCCAGGGCUGCUCUCGGGACCUGUUAUUGGCGUCGGGCCACGCCGCGUCUAAGCCGCCCGGAGGAAACGACGCCCAGAAACAGGGCGGCAACAGCAAGCCAUCAUCGGCAAAGGCAUCCACCAACGCCGAUGCCUAUCUCAGCACGCAAGACAAGGCAAACAGUGCUGCGUCUGACCUGCCUGCGACUCACAUCGAGGCAGCGUCGGCACUGCUCGAGACACUGCUGUCUCAUCUUCCCCAGCAGCACCUGAAGCAGACUCUUCGCGCGCUGAUCGACCGCACAGCCGUCCUGUCACACAACCGGGACGCCAUGAUCUCCAGCGUCUUGAGUCCGUACAGGACACACACAGGAAAGGCGCUAGCAAGUGUGUUCCCGUUCCUGGCGAGGGACUUCCCGCGCGACCAGGCUGUGGAGGUGCUGAGGUCCAACCUACGCACUGGAUCUGGGCCCCCACUCGUGGAUGCCGAGGGUGGAGAUGACGAGGCGAUACUUGCACAACUCCAGGGUGAGGACGGGGAUCAGGAGGACGUGGACGACACGGCGGCAGGUGAGAAGCAAGGCUGGGGAAACGGCUGGACUGCUGGCAAAGCGGAAGAUGAGGAGAUGGCGGAUGCUGCUUCUGCGCCCCCGGCGGGCUUCGACCUGGGAGCGAAGGCAGGCGCUUCAGUCGUCACCACAACUGAGACCACCACGGUGCUAUCCGAGACCGCUUCGGGUGCGUCCAAGCAGACUGUCAUGCUGUCAUCCACACUGAAACGCAAGAGCGAGGAGUUGGAGGAGCCCCCCGCGAAGCGCAUCGAUACGGGCAAGGCGCCUGAAGUGUUCGGCGGUCCUGCUGAGGUCGCGGCCAAGAUGGAUGUUGACAAGGGUGGGGAUGACGAUAGUGACAGCGAUAGUGACGGUAGUGUGCAUCUGAAUGCAGCCCUGGACGAGGAUUCAGACGAAGAGGAUGAGGAAUAG